AUGGAGAAGCUGGGGCUAAAGAAGCAGGACAAGCUCAGGGGAAGCAAGCCCCGGUCGGGGCCACCCCUCCCACCCUCCAAAUGUGUAGACUCUUCAGUUUGGAGAACAGAUAUCCCCUGCCCAUCUCCUCUGCCUACCCCAGGGACCUGGAGACACAGGGAGGAAGAAGAGGAAGAGGAGGAAGAUGAAUAUGAGCUGCCCCCCUGUGAGGCUCUGCUCAGGAAGCUGGCCCCUGCCCACCUUCCUGUCACCGAAGAGGACUCUUUGUACCUGGAUCACUCUGAACCCCUGGGCCCAUCCAAGCCACCGGCACUGGAGCCCGAGUCAGAAAAGCUGAAGGCAGCACUGAGCCUGCAGGAGGCCUUGAAGCAGGGACAGCCCUCUGGGGGGCGAGAGUGGACUGCGUCAGCCCAAGUGGUGCCAGGCUCUGCAAAGAAACCUGAUGAGGACAUCUACCUGGAGUGUGAGCCCCAUCCAGUCCUUGCCUUGCCUCAGACUCUGAGCUCCCAGGACCCGAUGCUCCCAGUCCCUCUGCCAAGGACAUCAGUAGUACACAGGCCCACCAUAGCCCCCCAGGAAGCCCAGAAUGGAGCAUUGAAUGCCACCUCUAAAGGAAGGAGCUCCUCUCUUUCCUCUGCAGCUCCCAUCAGAAGCAUCUCAGCUGCUGAGGACGGCAGCCUGCUGGGUCAGCCUUGGUACGCAGGGAACUGUGACCGUCAUGCUGUCGAGAGUGCCCUCCUCCGAUGCCAAAAGGACGGGGCCUACACCGUGCGCCCCAGCUCAGGCCCUCAUGGCUCCCAGCCCUUCACCCUGGCAGUGCUUCUCCAUGGCCGGGUCUUCAACAUUCCCAUCCGGCUGCUGGAUGGUGGGCGCCCCUAUGCCCUGGGCCGGGAGAGCAGGAACCAUGAGCAGCGCUUCUCCUCUGUGGCUGCCAUGAUCCAGCACUACAUGCAGCACCCCCUGCCCCUUGUGGACAGACAAAGCGGCAGCCGGCAACUCACCUGUCUGCUCUUCCCCACCAAGCCCUGAUGCGCUCCAGCACACGUCCGCGCCCACCUCUGGCCCCAUCAGUUUCUCCUUGCCCCAUCCCCCUGCCCUCAUUGGGCUGUCUCCCUCUGUCCUCUCCCAGGUCUCCACCCCUCCAGGCCCUUCCUAUCCAUUGUCCCAGUUCCUGCAGGCCCCGAUUUGAGGCACUGGAAAAGGUUGCCCAGAGACAGAAAGGUCCCCGAGACCCCUUCUCACCCAUGCUCCUCCGGAGCCCCGCCCUGUGCUCCCCGCUGCCUCUCCAAGGCUGGGAAGCAAGGGUCAGGGGGGGCCCCCCUUCCCAGGCCCCAGGGAUAGCUAUGUCCACCCUCUUGCUAAGGUGCCCCAAAUAGCUCUGGAUGAAGGCCUCCUCAGAGGAAAUUGAGCCUCUCGGGGACAGCACAGGCACUGCUGGGACACAAAGAGAAUCCUCU